AUGCUGUAUACUUUAGCAGGAGGGGGCACACUCUGUGGUGUGGCUGCCCUUGUGCUUCUCAUUGUGUCUACAGCAACGGAUUUCUGGAUGCAGUAUCGAUACUCGGGUAGCUCAGCCAAUCAGGGGCUUUGGAGGUUCUGCAUCAACCACAAAUGCCAUGCACACACCAUAACUGUAGCCUUCUGGGACGCUACACGGGCCUUUAUGUUGCUGGCGGUGCUGAGCUGCUUCGCUGGCGUGGUGCUCGGCCUGAGCGCCUUCACUAACGGCACCAAAAACAGGAGGGUCCGUACAGGUGGCAUUGCCUUGGUCCUGUCAGGUUUUCUUGCUCUGCUGGCUUUGGCAAUUUACACUGGGGUGACCGUAACUUUCUUUGGCAAACGCUUCUUGGACUGGCGCUUUUCCUGGUCCUACAUCAUUGGCUGGGUGGCCAUCAUUUUGGCUUUUGCAGCAGGAGUGUUUCAGCUCUGUGCUUACCAGCGGACCACUGCUGAACCUGCUCCUUCAAAUACCCCGGACAGCUGA